GGUGCCGGUACGAAAUAAAUAAGUAAUAAAUAGAUAAGACUCCGAUUUGAUUUGUAUUGUACUAUAGUCACAAUGACCGACUUUUCUUAUCGUUACGACGUCUUUGUUUGAACGCUCGGCCACUAUUACCUGCGAUUUAAUUGAUAAAGUAACAGCUUCCUUAUCAAAUGUGAACGCUACGAUGUGCAAAUUCUGAAAUUGUAAUAACUACGAGUAUCUUACUUUUAUAAUUUUGUGUGUGUCAUUCAAAGUGAUUUUUUUGAAGAGAGUACUCGCAAUCAAGUCUGUGUGUUUAUAAGUAUUGAGUAGCGGUUGAUAAUGCGUUUAUUACAGCAAUAGAGGCCCAAUUACCUGCAUCACAACGACUCCAAUCCUUACAUGUAAUACCGGUUGAGUGCCUUCUAUCAUUGCCAAUUGGAAUAAUCGGGCACAGGCGCGACCAGUCGGGCAGAACUCUUACCAGUCGAAGCCGGUAGUAUGUCUUACGUUGCACUUACGGUGCAACGCCUAUAAGCCAGAGAGAUAUCUUUUAACCAAGUCUCAUUGUUUUCAAUAUGCAAACAGAACAACAUUAUCUUAUCGUUUGACAUUAGUCGAAGUAAUACGUUGCCGGUUACACGCCUCGUGAACGAUAGCUGUGAUGUGAAAUCUCGCAUUAGUUAAAAUAUAUUCGAGUGCGUUCCGAGAGAUGAACUUUGUAUGUUUGUUUUGAAUUAUUUAUCACACCUCUCGUUACUAUAAUGACGGACAGUUCUCUUGAUCUUCACGAGUUGGAAAAAUUGAGAUCAACAAGUUUUCACAGGGAAUCAGAAUGUCCGAAACCAAGCAUACCCGAAGCAUCGCACAAGUGGCGAUUAAUUCUAGAGCCGGCACUCGUUGGUGCUAUGAUGGCCAUCAAUCUUGGGCAGACUUCGCUUCAGAAUUUUUAUUUGCGGACCGCAUGCCAUGAAUUAAAUUACACGGCCGAUAUAUGCGACAGAGGAGUGGGUGAAGAAUUCCGCGCGGCGGAGGCAGGCAGCCAAGCUUUGGUCUCCAGUAUAAACGUGAGCCGAAGCUUCAUAGGCUCCCUUAUAUCUACAGUUGUGCUCUUAUUCGUUGGACCAUGGAGUGACUGCAGUGGUAGAAGGAAACCACUGCUCAUAGUACCUUUAAUAGGAAUGUGCGUGAUGACCACAGGAGUAUUGCUGAUGCUUACAUUUCCUGGCGCGAGUACAGCUCAGGUCCUUUAUGUUGUACAAAUCCCUAUAUCGAUGGGUGGAAACUUUGGAUUGUUGCUAGCAGCUUCGUUUAGUCAUAUUGGAGACUUGUGUCACGCAUCGGGACGCGACGUCACUCGCACGAUGGGCACGCACCGCGCCGCCAUACAGAUCGCUCACGUGGUGGGCUCCGUGAGCGGGCCCCUUCUGUACCGCCACCUUGGAUUCUACGGUGUGUUUCCUCUUGUUUUAUUACUGCAGGUGGCAUCUCUCAUCUACGUGGUGCUCAUGGUCAGAGACGUGAACGUGAACCGUGACAACAAAGUAAUGGUUCUGAACUGGCGGUUGCCUUUAAAUGCUGUACAAUGCCUCGUGAGGAAAAGAGAAGAACAUAAGAGGAUGGUUAUUUUACUGAUGUUGGUAGUCGCGCUUGGAGACAGGAUGUUACUAUUAGCUGAGGUAUUGCUCGCCUAUAUGUACUACCGUUACAAGUUCCAGUGGGACGACGUGUUAUUUGGUUCAUUUCUUGCCUACAGGAACACUAUUAGCUUUACUGGUACAUUACUAAUUCUCACAGUAUUUAAACGUCGUCUGCGCCUUUCCGACGAGCUGGUUGGAGUGCUGAGCUGCACAUCCUACAUCAUUGCCACGAGCUCACUCAUCGCUGCCACCACCACCAUCUUCGUGUUCAUAAUUCCAAUCAUCGGCAUCAUAUCUCAGGGUUCGCAAGUCGUGCAACGACCCUUACUAAACAAGCAGAUAUUACCAACCGAACAAGAAUGCAGCGACCAAACUACAACCCAAUGAUAGCAUGCUCGCCAAUGCCAAGCAAGCAGCACCCGGUUCACCCCGCCAGCCACUUCGGCCCGCCCCACGUCAACAUGGGACCAUGCUUCAGCCCUCCAGUCCAACACCAGUACAGGCCCAAUGAUUGCUUUAUGUCAGUAUCGACCUUGAAAAGCACUUACCAAAUGCCGAAGUCGACCCGCCCGGAUCCUUGUUUCAAGUAAAAACGAUCUACAUUUGACGGAAUCUCUACACAUUUUGAUUUAAAUACAAGACGCGUUUGAGUUUAUUUUACCGAUUGAUAGUUUUGUAGAGUGUUUUUUUAUGGGUUUA